AUGUAUAUCUCAACCAACUUUUGGUAUCCGGCUAUGCACAUCCCUAACGUGGAUGUCCUACUGGAUGAGGAAAAUCUCGAGUUUGCAAAGGUUGUUUCUCAAGCAGAUAGUACUGUGGCAUAUACAAUUUGGAAUCGGGAGUUUGCACUCUCUGAUUACUUGUGGUCGAAGGUGGGCAAUAUUUGUAAGCACGUGAUUCAGCUUCUAGAAUGGAAUAACGAUGAAAAACAUGAGCCAGAGUUUAUUAAGGAGAAGUGUGAAAUAAAAGACGUCCUUGAGGACUUAGACUCUUGCAUGAAGAAUUCUUUUGACGUGAAAGAGAGAAAAGCAUUUCUCAAGAAAAUUGGAAUUCUUAGGAGCCAAUUCAAGUCAUGUGCUGAAACACCAGCAAACAAAUCAACUGACAGGCUUAGAUCCUCUUUGUUGUUGCAAUCUAUCUAG